AUGGGUAGGGAUGGAAACCAGUUGUCUGAUGAUAAUAGAGAUGGGUUUCUCUCGAUUUCCGGUUUGGGGUCUCAAUGGAAUAGCUUUCAAGAUGUCCAGUAUCUCCCUAGUGGAGGUCUGUUUGCAAGUGUUAAUCAAAUGGGUAUGGGGGACAACGGCAGCUUAAAGGCUUUAUACAAUGAUUUGUAUGUCAAGUACUUGUCCUUUGUUGGGUUUCAAGAGGAAGAAGGGGUUUUGAAGAAGAAGAAGAAAGGUGGGCUUAAAUUGAAGAUCAAGGUUAAAAACCAUUCAUUAAGAAGGUUAAUUAGUGGAGGGGUAGCUGGUGCUAUUUCAAGGACUGCAGUGGCUCCUUUGGAGACUAUUAGGACUCACUUGAUGGUGGGGAGUAGUGGACAUAGUUCUACUGAGGUUUUUAAUAAUAUAAUGAAGACUGAUGGAUGGAAAGGGUUGUUUAGAGGCAAUCUGGUUAAUGUGAUUCGCGUUGCGCCUAGCAAGGCUAUUGAGCUUUUUGCAUAUGAUACGGUAAACAAGAAGCUGUCACCUGCAGCUGGGGAGCAGCCGAAACUUCCAAUUCCUGCAUCAUUAAUUGCUGGGGCAUGUGCUGGAGUGAGCUCUACUUUGUGCACGUACCCGCUUGAGUUAGUCAAGACUCGAUUAACUAUACAGAGAGGUGUUUAUAACGGUAUAGUACAUGCAUUCUUAAAAAUUCUGCGUGAGGAAGGCCCUGGAGAACUCUACAGGGGUCUUGCCCCCAGCCUUAUUGGAGUUAUUCCAUAUGCUGCAACAAAUUACUUUGCCUAUGACACAUUACGGAAAGCCUAUCGGAAAUUUUCAAAGCAAGAGAAGAUAGGCAACAUCGAAACUCUUCUAAUCGGAUCUGCUGCUGGUGCCAUAUCAAGUAGUGCAACUUUCCCUCUCGAAGUUGCCCGGAAGCACAUGCAGGUAGGAGCUCUCAGCGGAAGACAGGUAUACAGGAAUGUGUUCCAUGCCCUAGCUAGCAUACUGGAACAAGAAGGUAUCCAGGGGUUGUAUAAAGGGCUGGGACCUAGUUGCAUGAAGUUGGUUCCUGCUGCUGGGAUAUCUUUCAUGUGCUACGAAGCAUGCAAAAGGAUACUUGUAGAGGAUCAGGAAGAAGCAUAA